AGUAGUAGACUGUUCAGAAUGGGUACGACUGUUUCAGCUCGUUUUUGGCAGUUGAUAGCUCUUGGAUUAGCCUGGGUAGGUUACUCUACUACGUAUCUUCUAAGAAAGCCAAUCAGCGUUAUAAAGAACGACCUCAAGACUGAACUAGGAUUCUCCAUGACUCAGUUAGGCUGGCUUGAUACGGCCUUCUUGCUGCCCUAUGCUGCCUCGCAGGUUCUGUUGGGAUCUCUUGGUGACAGAGUAAGUCCUCGGAAGAUGCUGGGUGGCUCAAUGCUUAUAGCCUCUGCUUCUAUGGUGUCAUUUGGUUACUGGAAAUCACAUUCUGUAUUUCUGCUGCUGCUUUUCAUUAACGGUGCAGCUCAAUCUCUGGCUUGGCCCGGCGCUGUGAAAGGUGUUGUCUCAUGGUUCAACGGAGACGACAAGAACACUGCAUUAGGUGUGUUAGGAACAUCAGCAUUUGUUGGCGGAUUUCUUGGCACUGCUGUUGCUGUUCAAUUGCAGAAAGAUGGAUGGGAGACUUGCUUUGUGAUUCCAUCAGUAGUUGUGGCAAGUGUAGGACUUGUUAUAAUAGUUCUGUUUAAAUCAUCACAGGACAUACAAAAUGCUGCAGAUGGUGUACAAUCUAGAGAAAAGGAAGUUACAUCUCACACGUCAUUUAGCGAAUUAUGGAGAAUCAGGUCGCUUCCUGAAGUGACAGUUUGUUGUUUUUUUGUUAAAUUCAUUCGAUAUUGCAUGUUGAUGUGGCUACCCAUGUAUCUUUACACUGAGCUCAGGUACAGUAAAAUUGAGUCAGGAAUGCUGUCAACCGUCUUUGAUAUUGGAGGCAUACUUGGCUCGGUUCUACUCGGAUUUAUAUCAGAUAGACUGUUCCAGGGAAAUGUGUUAUGUUGCACGUCUGUGGCCUUGUUUCUUAGUUCAGCUGCUUUCCUUCUGUUCCUCUUUACUUCAUCGCAGGGAAUGAUGUAUAAUGGCUUGGGCAUGCUUCUUGCUGGGAUCACAAACUGUGGGUCAGACACGAUGAUUACAGGCCCAAUUGCUGCACAGAUAGGAGAACAGGAUGGUCGUAAUGUCCAGUCUGCAACAACCGGGAUUGUCAAUGGGAUUGGCACAGCUGGAGCCAUCUUGCAAGGUCCUCUAGUUGGUAUUUUAGCUGGUUUCAUUGGAUGGUCAGGAGUGUUCUAUGCGAUGGUCCUGCUUACACUAGUAUCAGGAUUCUUUAUGGUUCGAGUCCAAUCUGCACAGAAUGCAGUUACAUUCCAAGAAUUGUAAACGUAGAAACAUUUUAUUUAUAACUCUUGAGUCUUUCACAACCAGUUUUGUUUUGUAGAAAGGUAGAGGCUGCCUUUUAGCAUGUACUGCACUUCGACAGUUAGGAGCAAAGUUUGCAUCUCUUGUAGUGGGGAUUCUAGUGGUGUCUGAUAGUCUUGAACCUGACACUUUAGGGGUCACAUACAAAGUUGUCAAUAGCCAGACUACUAAUGUCAGUACCCCGCCCACACAC